AUGGCCUUGAACUUGGAAGCCGACCAAGUCGGUGUGGUGUUGUUCGGUUCGGACAGAUUGGUCAAGGAAGGUGAAACCGUUAAGAGAACCGGUCAAAUUGUUUCGGUCCCUGUCGGUCCCGAAUUGUUGGGUCGUGUUGUCGACGGUUUGGGUAACCCCAUUGACGGUAAGGGCCCCAUCAACGCCAAGGAACUCACCAGAGCUCAAGUUAAGGCUCCCGGUAUCUUGCCCAGAACUUCGGUUUUCGAACCCAUGCAAACUGGUUUGAAGGCCGUUGACGCUUUGGUCCCCAUUGGUAGAGGUCAAAGAGAAUUGAUUAUCGGUGACAGACAAACCGGUAAGACCACCGUUGCCAUGGACACCAUCUUGAACCAAAAGAGAUGGAACGACGGUAACGACGAAUCCAAGAAGUUGUACUGUGUGUACGUCGCCGUUGGUCAAAAGAGAUCGACCGUCGCUCAAUUGGUCCAAACCUUGGAAAAGAAGGACGCCUUGAAGUACUCGAUCAUUGUUGCCGCUACCGCCUCGGAAGCCGCUCCCUUGCAAUACAUCGCCCCCUUCACUGGUUGCGCUAUUGGUGAAUGGUUCAGAGACAACGGUAAGCACGCCUUGAUUGUCUACGACGAUUUGUCGAAGCAAGCCGUCGCCUACAGACAAUUGUCGUUGUUGUUGAGAAGACCCCCCGGGAGAGAAGCUUACCCUGGUGAUGUUUUCUACUUGCACUCGAGAUUGUUGGAAAGAGCCGCCAAGAUGUCGGAAGCCUUCGGCUCCGGUUCGUUGACCGCUUUGCCCAUCAUUGAAACUCAAGGUGGUGACGUGUCUGCUUACAUUCCUACCAACGUUAUUUCGAUUACCGAUGGUCAAAUCUUCUUGGAAGCUGAAUUGUUCUACAAGGGUAUCAGACCUGCCAUUAACGUCGGUUUGUCCGUCUCGAGAGUCGGUUCGGCUGCUCAAGUUAAGGCCAUGAAGCAAGUUGCUGGUUCGCUUAAGUUGUUCUUGGCUCAAUACAGAGAAGUCGCUGCCUUCGCCCAAUUCGGUUCCGACUUGGACGCCUCGACCAAGCAAACCUUGAACAGAGGUGAAAGAUUGACUCAAAUCUUGAAGCAAAAGCAAGGUGCUCCUCAAGCCGCUGAAGAACAAGUCCCCGUCAUCUACGCUGGUGUCAACGGUUACUUGGACAACAUCCCUGUCGACAGAGUCGGUGAAUACGAAGAAGGUUUCAUCUCGUACUUGAAGUCUAACGAUGCUGAAAUCUUGGACGCCAUCAGAACUACUGGUGAAUUGUCCAAGGAAAACCUCGAAAAGUUGAAGUCGGCCACCGAAGAGUUCACCAAGAACUUCUAA